CCGUUUAGGUGCCUUCGAGGUCUGUCUGUGCUUGGCCGUUCACUUAUCCAUGACCCUAAAUAUCCAUGUCGAUUGGAUUGAAUUGGAUCCAUGAACUGUACUGACUGGCGCUGUUUGUACUGUAGCCUGUACCUAUCUAUGUAGCCUGUCGGGCCACCACUGAAUUGGUCAGGUCUGGUCUAGUCUGGACUCGCUUCUGCUCGUUCGCCAUCUUUCUCUCGUUCAAACCUCACCACCACCACUCGCUUCUUCCCCCCCCCUAAUCAUCUCCGCUUCCUAACUUUUUUACUGCUGCGUUUCUGUCGUUGACGUUAGCCGCCUGUCAAGUCUCGUUCUAUCAGUCUGUCUUUGCCCAUCGAAGAGAGAGACUUUGAGACGAUACGAGACGACUAAGACUGAGCCUCUAUCGUCUUACUUUCUAUACAUACAUACUUUCACUCUCGCUCUCGCCUUUGCCCCGACCGUCUUGUUCCGGCUUUAACCAGCCACUUUUUACUCCUAAUACAAACCGUCCUUCGUUUCUGGAGAUCAUAAUGUGAGUCUCAACUCUCUUUGCCUUGGAUCAAUGACACAUGCCUCCAACCACCCGGAUUAUAUGUUUCUUCUCUGGAACUUGUCUCGACUCUCUUCAUUCCGAUAAAGCCUCUUGUCCCCGAUUCUGUAUACCCACGGCCGUAUUGCACUGCUUAUUGCUGCUGCUCUGUUGCUAUCUUUCCCGCUCAAUUCCUUUACGUGCGGUGCCCUCAACAAUUGCGACAACCUUCAGUACAUCAUUUGUCACCAACACCAGCUGACCGGCGAUCCCUCAAUCAUGCAGUUAUCCGCGUCUAUCAUACGCAUCUUGUUUGCUUGACACGGUUCGGUUCGAAUACCCUCGCUAUCGUUAUCAAACGCCGCAUCAACGCACGACCUGCAAUCUUUGUUCCAUAUCUUCGUUUCGAUUUCAUAUUACCUGGCCCAAAACGCCGCCGUAUAUCGAUCAAUAAAGCAGUACCAAUAACUUCAGCUCAGCUCGGACCGUUCCGAGUCUCUUUCAUGGGUUGUAUCUAAUCCCAAACCGAUAUUCUAUUAUUAUACCUUCUACAUGCCUAGAUUCGGUGUUGCGUUUAACAGGCGGAAGUCAACCGCAACCUCGGAGGAUUUUCAGCAUGCGUCAGUAACACCAGAGCAAUCGUCAUUCCGAGUUAUUGAGCGCACCGACCCUGCGCUCGGCAAAUCAUUUGACGGAGGCGCCAGAAUGGCCAGGAACUCUGGUCAUCACAUUCCUAAGCCUAGUCGUCUGGAACUCGACACUGAAGAUAACAUGUUUGCCGACCUCAAGAGUGGCAACAGGGGAAGUGGGGCCUCUAAUACGACCAAAGCCACAUCAACUGAUACCUCAUCAAGGCACAGCAAUGCCUCGACUACUCCGUCUUCUACGAAUCUCGAGGGUCAGGACGAUCCCAAACAUUCCCAUUCACAGAAGAAGAACUUGCACGAGAUCGCUCCUCGACCUGGAGUAAAAUCCAGCGGGUCCGGAUUUCUGAACCGAGCGGGUCGAACAUUUUCUUUUGGGGUCCAGAAAAAACACAACGCGUCUUCCCCAAAGAUUGACAACAACGACAUCCCUCCCGUUCCAGCCAUUCAACAGGAUGCUUUUGGUGGAAGAUCUAGAGGCUUGACUGAAUCUACAACCAGCACUGCUACACCGCCAAAGUUAGAGAUGGAGAAUGGGGGCAUGGAUAUGGGAGGUGAUUUCAGCUCCAUGUUCUCCUCCUUCGAUAAGAGAGCGAGCGUCGCCACCAUGAGGGCUGACGGGUCCGCGGCUCCUCGCUCACUUACCAGCAACCGACCCAUCCAGCCGCCCCCUUUGAGUAUCAACAAGAUCACCAAGGUUGAGCCUGGCCCUGAGUCGUGGCACAGCCGCAACGAAGACGACAAUCUUCUCGGAUCUCAACCUGGGACCCCUGAGCUUGAUGAUGUGCCACCCCCUGUUCCGCGCCACCAGAGUUCCUUCAAGACGUCGAACCGGCCGUCCGAUAUCAUUGAGGAUGAAGAUGCAAAGUUACUGCAGGAUUCCAUCGCAGUCGGAAGGUUGCUUUCCGAGUCCAGUAGCCCCAACCCCCCUUCCGGCCGUUACCGACGAAACGAAGAUUCCUUCUCAUCAUUCGAGAGGAAGCCUCUCAACAGCAGCUUCAACAGAGGAGACGACAAUUUGUUCGAAGGAACUUCCGCUCAUUCUUCGCGUAUCACCAACCGUUUCAAUUCUCGAGCCCCUAGCCCACCACGAAACAAUAAGGUCAUGACCCCAGCCCAGUUCGAAAAGUACCGAAAAGACAAAGAGCGUCACGAUUUGAGCGAUGGAGUAAUGCAGUCAACCCCCAACGAUGACGAUGACGACGAAAUCAAUUAUGAUGAUGAUGAGGACGAGAUUGAGAAGUCCAAGCAGCAAGCAAAGCAGAGGAGAAAGCAGGAGGCUCAUAUGGCAGUCUAUCGACAGCAGAUGAUGAAAGUCACUGGAGAGCAGCCUGAUAUGCAAUCACAUGAAAGGCCUGGGCUGGCUAGCUCGAUGAGUGCACCUCAACUUCACCUCAUGAAGACACCAUCUCCCGGACCCCCGGCAGGUGCUUCUGACGAGGAUGACGACGAGGAGGUUCCUUUGGCCAUUCUGCAAGCUCACGGCUUCCCCAGCAAGAACCGACCACCCGCUAGACUCAGCACCAUGGGCUCCAACCCCAACCUGCGAGCAUCAACCCAGCUGGCGCCCCCAAGACCCGGCUCGGCGAUGGGCGAGAGCAGCGGUCAAAACCAGCGCCAUUCGAUGCUACCUGCAUUCGCCCGGGGUCUUCCUCAGGACCCUUUUGUUGGUGCAGGUAUCGCAAAGCCUGCUAUGCGGGAGUCGCUCACUUUCAGCGGCGGUCUUCCUGCUUCAGAGUCUCAGCAAUCCCUGCCUCCUGGAGGGUUGGUUGGCGUGAUCGCCAGUGAGGAACGCUCAAGAGCUAUGCGCCGCGGCGGUCCUAACGCAAAUGGCCAGAAGUUCGUCCCUGGCAUGAAUGGGCCUCAAGGACCUCCUUUCGACAACAUGCCCCAAGGCGUGAUGAAUGGUAUGGGCGGCAUGUACAAUAUGCCAGGUAUGGGCAUGUCUCAACAACAGAUGCCUAUGCCCAUGGCGCCACCACAGCUCACCGUGGGAGACCAGGCACAGCUUCAAAUGACCCAGCAGAUGUCACAGUUCAUGCAGAUGCAGAUGCAGUUUAUGCAAAUGAUGGCUACCAACAACCAGCAGCAGCAGCAACCCGGAAUGAUGCCACCAAUGCAACCUUAUGGAGGACUUUCUGCCACUCAGUCUAUGAAUGACCUCUCAUCUCGCCACUCAAUGAUGCUUGAGCCAGCUUUAGAGCCUCCUCGCCGCAUGGACGCCGGAAUGCGUACCAUGAGCAUGGUGGCGCCACCUUCAGGCGCUCCCUUCCUGCCACCACCUGGCGGAUACGCUGGUUCGAUUCACGGCAUGCCCCCUAUGGGAUACACUCCGUCAAUUGCGCCAUCUGAGCGAAGCAACAUCGGUCUUCCCGGCCGAUAUCGCCCAGUAUCACAAAUGCCGGCUGCAGCAGCCCCUGACCCCCACCGACGCACCAACACUAUGUCUGGAGCGCUGGGUCGCUGGGAUGAUCCCAAGGGCAAGUCUACUAUUAACGUGGUAAGCUCCGCGGGUGACGGUUCAGAUGAUGAUGACGAGGAAGGGUGGGAGGCGAUGAAGGCCAAGCGAGACAAGAAGCGUAGCAUGUGGAAGUCAAAGAAGGGACUGGGAAGCGAUUUUGGAACCAUGAUAUAGUUCGAAGGAUUAGUGAGUGCGGAAUUAUUACAAAAGAGACGGAGGUAAGAUUGGUUUAUAUGCUCUAUUUUUGCAUCUGGAUAUCCAUGGGUUGAAAUAGCUCAACCGCCGAGUGGAGAGCCACAUACAAUUGUAUAUUCUAGAAGUGCUUUUCACCCGGGCGUCGUGGGGAAAGAUAUGAUAGGCACUGGCUCAUUAGGAGUGAGACUGGCGCAUGAUAGAUACAUCUUUAUGCGGUAAUUGACUAAUUGGGAGGUCAUUUUCGGAAUGGUAUUCAUCUGUGGCCCAAGUCAUGCUUUCAUCGAUCCGUUGACGAGCGCCAAGGUUAUCCACGCCUUGUCCAAAAUGUGAUAUUUUAUCAUUUGUCAUGCACAUUGCUGUUCUAACCAUCAAUGGUGCCGUUGGCCCACUCCUUUCUCUUGACACCCAUCUCGACAGCCGCCAGACCCCAAUCCUCUCCAUGGUUGUGACCCUUACCGUCGACACCGGCACGAGCCUUCGCUUGGUCCUCGGUCAGAACGGUCAAGACACCAAGAAUGACGGGAACGCCAGUGUCGAGCUGCACGCGCAUAAGGCCCUGGCAAGUUGACUCGGCAAUGUACUCAAAGUGCAUGGUCUCUCCCUUAAUUAGAACGCCGACAGCGAUGAUGGCAUCAAAGGCGCCAGAGGAGGCGGGAAGAGAGGUGAGAUCGGUAGUGGAUGAAGCCAGAAGAUCGGUUGCCGAAGGACCGCCAGUCGAGGUACCCUGGAUCUGAGAGGCGGAGAACAGGCUAGACAAUGGCAAUACGUCAGCGACUCGGCAUCAACGGAUACAAAUGAAUGGGAGGUUACCGCUGGACGGCAAUGGGGAGCUCCCAGGAGCCAGGGCAAGAUUGGAUGACAAUAUUGGACUCCUUAACACCAGCUGCGAGGAGCUUCUCCUUGGCACCGGUCACAAGAGGGUCGAUGAUGGUUGAGUUCCAACGAGCGUGGACAAUGCCGAUGCGCAGGCCAGAGCCAUCGUGGUGUUGCGGAGAGGGACCCUUGAGAGACAUCGUUAGAAUUUGAGAUUGAGAUCAACUGGGAUGCUGCGAUAGAGAAUGUCUGCAGUCGGUAAUUGGGAUGAGCUGUCGCAAUCUACUGAGAUGGGUAGGUAACUAAAAGACGAGGUUGGAGGAUGGUUUAGGUUCGUGAAAGGAAGCUUAGCAAUGGUUUCUAUCCGCCAGAGACAACGCGGGGCUCACAGCGGGGCUGGAAGGUCACGUCACAGGGGAACAGGGAC